UUGGGAUGGGCUCUCUCUUCAUAAACCCAAAACGGAACAAGCAAAGCCAAGAGAGAGCGUCUACUCUCCCUUGAGCGACAGCAGAGGAGAGAAGCAGAGGAGAAGCCAUGAACGCCCCCGACCGCUACGAGCGUUUCGUCGUCCCCGAAGGCACCAAGAAGGUUUCCUACGAGAGGGACACCAAGAUAAUUAACGCAGCGUCGUUCACCAUCGAAAGAGAGGACCACACCAUUGGCAACAUCCUCCGAAUGCAAUUGCACCGGGACGAGAACGUCCUAUUUGCAGGUUACAAGCUUCCUCAUCCCCUUCAGUACAAAAUCAUCGUCAGGAUCCAUACCGCUAGCCAGUCGUCACCAAUGCAGGCAUAUAACCAGGCCAUCAAUGACCUGGACAAGGAGCUCGAUCACCUGAGGAAUGCCUUUGAGGCGGAGAUGGCUAGGCAUUCAAGAGAUUACUAAAAAGUAUCAGAGGGAGGGGCCAUAUGUUUGGUGUUGGCCGCUUUGCUUUCAAUCUCGGGGGGCUGUUUUUUUCUAUCUGUGGAUGAACUCGGCAACAGGGGGGACCUUUAUUGAGUGUAAUGACUUGUGAGUUAUGAGGGUUGCUUGACGGUUGGAACAUUUUGCUGCAAUGCCGACUUUGGAUGAUUGUCUUCUGGAAUCAUGUGAUCUAAACAGUCCUUGGUAGUUGGAACUCGGAGAAAUGAAACAAUAGACAGCAUUCUAUUGAUACAAACAGAAAAUGGUCCCCGUC